AUGCGGGGGAUCCAGAUGCGCGCCCGUGCGCGGCACAGCUAGUCCGGUUAGAGCUCGGAUGCCAGGAGAGAGCGACACGCUCAAAAUCCAAGACGAGCUGCGAAAGGAGAGGGGCGAGAAAGCUGCAGUGGGAGUAAGAUAAAGAAAGAAACAAUAGUAAUAAUACGCGACUAAACUGCAUCACCCCGGGAAUACGCGGAUGUAAAAAUCGAGCGCGCGUGAUUGUUUAAUUCGGCUGGAAUUAUGAGGAUGGACGCGCAGCUUGGAAUUACCGGCGCUUUAAGAUUGUGAACUAGUGUGGACCUCUCUUAACCUCCUGCUCUUGCCAUUUUGUGCAUUGUCGGAUUUUUAAACAUUUGUUUUCUUCUCUGAUUUUUAAGUCUCUCCAUCUCUCUCUCUCUAUAUUUUUUCCUUUUUUUCUUUCUUCUUCUUCUUCCUUCUUCCAAUGUCGUGUGUCCUCCGGUAUUUGUCUAUGCUUUCAUAGCCCGCGUGACCGAAGCCCGGUGGGCGGAUAGAUAGUGAAAAGCUUUACUCCGCCACUGAAAAGCUGCUCGAUCUUGUGAACUGAGGCGCGUCAUGGACGGCGAACUUCGUUCGUACCUAAAAAACGCAUCCGGCACUGUCGAAUAACUGCUGCUGGAAGAGAUCAGGGUGUCUCCUAGGUUCCCUGUGACCCUGUGUAGGACAAGGAUGGACUUCAAGGCGGAGAGAAAGAGCAAAACAAGAGAAUGACUGUUUAAAGAACAUUGCCACAGUGACAAAUGACAUAGGAUGAACACUGCUGCCCAGCUGUGUCUGCGUUUGCUGUCGUCCCUUCUCACCCUGGCCUGGGUGGCAGUGCCGCUGUGCCAGGCUUCCCCCUGCUCCUCCCUUGUGGCAGGGGUGCUGUACGGCUCCUUCUCCCUCAGGGACCUUUUCCCCGGCCCACACGGCCUGAGAACUGGCUGCUCGUGGACCGUGGAGAACCCCGAUCCGACCAAGUACACCCUCUACUUCCGCUUCAACCGUCAUGCCGGUUUUUGCCUAGCUUUCUCACCGCUAGUGUUGCCCCUGGACCAUUACCUCGCCAACCAGACGUGUGGACAGGCGCUGCCCGAACCGGAAUCCAUAGAACCAUGCCAGGUGCCUGGUCCUCAUGCAUUCCUGCAAUUUGAUAAGAACUUUGUGCAGUUGUGCCUCGCUGCAGAGACCAAACAAGAUUCGGAAGAAGUGAAGGGACCCCUGUCUGCUGAAACGCUGGACUUCAGACUAGUGGAAGUUCUGCUCAUCAAUAAUGAGAAUUCCAGCCAGUUUACCUGUGGCGUGCUGUGCCGUUGGUUUGAGGAGUGCCUCCGUUCCGGCUCUGGUAAAGAGAGUGAAGGCUGUGGAAUCACCCAAACUGGCUGUGUGUGCCCCAAUGCUGGGCCUCCAGUGCCAAUACUUCCUGCUACCCCCCACAACCACUCUCUGGACCCCAGUGCCAGUGUACUGCUGCCACCCACUGAUGACUGCUGCGUUACCCAACUGCACGGCAAGAACGGUAUCUCCAAUAUUGCGCCCAGAGAUGUUCAUCAAGACUUUGACGAUGAUGAACAGAAGGUCAAGACCCAGAGGCCAAGAUCAGCAGACCAGCCGGGAGUGUUCCAAGCCCAAACAGGUGAUCCAGCAGCUGAGGAGUGGUCUCAGUGGAGUGUGUGUUCGUUGACAUGUGGGCAGGGAUGGCAGGUGCGUACUCGCUCCUGUGUGUCCUCUCCGUAUGGCACACUGUGCAGCGGGCCACUGAGGGAGACGCGCCUCUGCAACAACACUGCCACCUGCCCAGGUGAGCCCCAGCAUCAAGCAGUGGAGGGGCAGUGGUUGGAUUGGGCUCCUUGGUCUCGUUGUUCAGUAUCAUGUGGAACUGGCACUCAACAAAGGCAGCGGCGCUGCAGUGUGUCUGUACACGGCUGGGCCGAGUGUAAAGGUCCGCACUCAGAAACGAGGGAGUGCACUAACAAGCCUUGUGAUGGAGGUGGGAACUGGGGAGCAUGGAACCAGUGGAGUCUGUGCUCGAAGACAUGCGAUUCAGGCUGGCAGCGCCGCUUUCGGAUGUGUGAAGGCACAGGAGUCCAGAAUUACCCCUGCGAUGGCACCGGGGAGGAAGUGCGCUCCUGCAACGACAAGAAGUGCCCAGCACCUCAUGAGAUAUGCAAGGAUGAGUACCAAGGUUUAAUGACGUGGAAGAGAGCUUCAGCUGGAGAGACGGUCUACAACAAAUGUCCAACAAAUGCCACUGGAUCUGCUAGUCGUCGAUGUUUGCUGGACGCUAAUGGAGUUGCUUACUGGGGUCCUCCGAGCUUCGCCCGAUGCAUCUCACUUGAAUAUAGAUAUUUACAUUUAUCUUUACGAGAGCAUCUUGCGAAGGGUCAGAGGACCCUGGCAGGGGAGGGCAUGUCUCAGAUCGUGAGGAGUCUCCUGGAGUUAAUGUCCCGCCACAGCUAUUAUAGCGGUGACCUCUUAUUCUCCGUGGAGAUUCUCCGAAAUGUGACGGACACCUUCAAGCGAGCAACCUACAUCCCAGCUCCCGACGACGUGCAGAAAUUUUUCCAGAUAGUCAGCUUAAUGCUGGACAUGGACAAUCUUCAGAAAUGGGAAGAUGCUCACCAGGUCUCUCCAGGUGCCACGCUGCUAAUGCGAGUUGUGGAAGACUUCAUUCAUCUCAUUGGGGAAGCUCAAAAACCUUUCCAAAGCUUUCUUGCUGUCACCACUAACCUCAUAAUCAAUAUCCAGCGAGAGCCAGUGUCAGCUGUCUCUAGUGAUAUUAACUUCCCUAUGAAGGGACGGAGGGGGAUGAAGGACUGGGCACGCUCAGCAGAAGACAAGCUCUUCAUCCCUAAAGAGGUCUUCAGUCUGUCUUCUGAUGAAUCGGAUGAGGCUUCAUACUUUGUUAUCGGAGCAAUCCUUUACCGCACCCUCGGAUUUAUUCUUCCACCACCAAAAGAUCCUUUGGUGAUCAGCUCGAAGAUUUUAAGCGUCACAGUGCGUCCUCAACCCAAACCCACAGAGCCAGUAGUCGUGGUGGAACUGGCACCUUUGUUGAAUGGCACAUCACAGCCACAGUGUGUAGUGUGGGACCACACCAGCCCUGAGGCAGCUGAGGAAAACUGGGACGCCGAAGGCUGCAAAACGCUCCCGUCGCCAGCGGUCCACACUAAAUGCCUCUGCAGCAAGAUUUCCACCUUUGCAGUGUUAGCACACAAAGCUAAAGAGCCGGAUAUGGGAGUGUCCAGUAUGCCCUCCGUACCACUCAUGGUAGGCUGUGGAGUGUCCUGCAUGGCUUUACUCAUCUUGCUGAUCAUCUAUGCUGCUUCUUGGAGGUACAUUCGCUCUGAGAGGUCCAUCAUUUUGCUGAACUUCUGUCUGUCCAUACUGGCUUCUAAUAUACUCAUACUCGUGGGACAGUCUCAGACACUCAGCAAGGGGCUGUGCACUGUGACUGCUGCCUUUCUCCAUUUCUUCUUUCUGGCCUCUUUCUGCUGGGUUCUGACGGAAGCGUGGCAGUCUUAUCUUGCUGUGAUUGGCAAGAUUAGGUCACGCCUUAUUCGCAAGCGUUUCCUGUGCCUGGGUUGGGGUCUGCCAGCCCUGGUUGUUGCUGUAUCUGUAGGAUUUACCAGAGCCAGAGGCUACGGCACACCAAACUACUGCUGGUUGUCUCUGGAAGGAGGUCUUCUCUACGCAUUUGUUGGUCCUGCAGCCGUCAUUGUUUUGGUGAACAUGCUAAUUGGGAUCGUCGUCUUCAACAAGCUCAUGUCGAGAGACGGCAUCUCAGAUAAAUCUAAAAAGCAAAGAGCGGGUCCGUCGCUGGAGGCGCGUAGCAGACUGCUCCUCCAGUGCUCCAAGUGUGGGGUGAUCUCCAGCACCGCUCUGUCCAGCUCCACCGCCAGCAGCGCCAUGACAUCAUUGUGGAGCUCGUGUGUUGUUCUGCCGUUGCUGGCUCUCACGUGGAUGUCAGCAGUGUUAGCCAUCACGGAUCGGCGCUCCACGCUCUUCCAGGUGCUCUUCGCAGUCUUUGACUCGGUCCAAGGCUUUGUCAUCAUCACUGUUCACUGUGCCAUGAGGCGAGAGGUACAGGAUGCUGUGCGCUGUAGGAUGGGUGGAUGUAAGGACGACAGUGAAAACUCACCAGACUCCUGCAAAAACGGCCAGGUGCAGAUCAUGACCGAUUUUGAGAAAGACGUGGACCUGGCAUGUCAAACAGAGAGAGGACAUCCAUUCAUCUUCAAGGAGGUGAAUACAUGCAAUCCAGCUAGCAUCACGGGCACACUGUCACGCAUUUCCCUGGAUGACGAGGACGAUCCCAAGUUAGCCACCCAUCAAGAAGGCAUCAACUUCAGCAGUCUGCCCGGCAACAUCCCCCCACCUAACCUCCUGGCACAGGUGCCAACUCUGGGCACGUUGAACGAGCUCAAUGAGACGCCUCGGAAAAAGGAGGUCAACGUGGAACAGCAGGGGCAGCACCAACGCUCUGCACCAGUCUACCUGUGCACCGAAAGCGCAUUGGGGUGGGCACGGUCAUCAACUGCUGCUAAUGACCCAGCCAGCAAUGUAGGGGGUGGCGAAGGGGACUACAUGGUACUACCACGGCGGACGGUCAGCCUCAAGCCCAGUGCUAUACAAGAAGAGGAAAAACCUCUCAAUAUCAGUGUGGAAGACCCACCUUUUCCUCCACCCCCUUCACCCCUGACCCUUCAUCCGGCCGAGAGCGAGCCAUACCCAGCGGACUUUGCCACUGUGGACCAUGUUGGUGUAGGUCUGAACCGAUCCUAUGGUACUGUCAAGCACGUACCCGGCCUCGCAAGUGCACAUACGCUGACGGUGAAGCAAAGCCGGCCAUCCAUCAGGCAGAUCUUCACUUCCGGCAAGGCCGAACGCACCAGGACCCUGCCCCGCAAUUUGGGCAGUGCUAAUGCCAAUGUCUCAGCUGGCUCCCUGGAAAGGAAAAGAGUACGAUACUCUGAGCUGGACUUUGAGAAAGUGAUGCACACUCGCAAAAGACACUCAGAGCUCUACCAUGAACUCAACCACUCCACCAAGUUCCACACCAUAGAUAGGUAUAGCAGGGACCCUGCCAUGGCCAAGUUUAAGAGGGAAAAGCGGCGAAGCAUUUCAUCUGCCAGUGGUGAAAAGAACUCACAGAGUGACAAGGCCAAGGCAGAUGAACAGCAAUCCUGGGACAGCUUUAAGACAAUGACAACUGUGCCAUCAUCUGGCUCCGGCGGACAAAAAACGGAUCGAGUAGAGCUGCACAGUAAAGCCUGGGACGCUUCCUCCGCAAACACUCCCGACACAUCUGAAGGAGACUUCCAGACUGAAGUGUGAGGGAACACACACACAAGAAGGACACACGCAUCAAUGGAAUGAGAUUUACCAAAAGGAGAAUCUAUAAAAGGAUUAUACAUUUGUUUACGAGAAUAGACCAUUAAAAAAAAAAAAAAAAAAAAAAA